UACAAAUUUUCAGAUGACGGAGAAAGUUCAAUAAUUUUUUGCAAAACAAUAAUUAUUUUGGCCGACGUCAUUUCACGUAUAAUUCACUGGCAUUGCAAAUAUGCAUGCUUCAUGAUGCUAAAACAAGCCAACCUACGUAAUACAAGAAACGAUUAGUAAUUCGUUUCUUUAUGCAAAACAUCGCCUCACUAGAUUGUGGAUGAAACCUUUCAAAACCAUUGAUUCUCUACUCGAGAAACUCGAGAAACCACACUAGUUGACAAUUCCAGUUCCUGUCAGUUGUUUGACGGAAAUUGAUCAAAGUGAAACACGUAGUCAAAUCAUCCGUCCCCAAAAACUCGACUUGCAACGACUAAAUAUGCUUUCACCAGCCAGCCAGCCAUCAAUCCAGUCUACAUUUCUUUCCCCAGUGAAUGCAAAAUAGAAUAAAACUACAAUCAAAGACGCAGAAAAGUUGAGAAUUUUCUCGUCUAUCAUGGAAAUUGAGACGGACGUUGCAGAAAUUAUAAAUAAUAGGACUUUCUCCAGCGUGAAAGUCUCAUUACUGGAUAUUUUUAAGCCAAUUCUUUCACAACUUUCUAAAAUCAAGCUACUUUUACUCCCACUUGUGACCCUUGUGGUGACACUUUUAUAUCUCGAGCUCAUUGUGGCAGUAUUCGGGGUCGGAGUCUUGUCUGCACCAGAAUACACGGAAACUUUUACAUCCGCGUCGUCGUCACCUUUACAGCAACCUCCUCCACCAUAUUAUCAGAAUCAAUAUCAUUACUCGUAUUAUAAUGCACCUCCAACGCCCGAACCCAGAUCUGGAGGAGGAAGUCUCUCACUUCACGACAUUUUGCCAGAGGAUCACAAAAGUUACGAUAAGAAUCGGCCACCAAAAAAAUCUAACAAUGAGCCCACAAUAGUUUUCUUUCACGUGACCGUUUUAAGCAUUGAUUCCAUAAAUGAAGAAAGCAUGACGUAUGUCGCCGACAUAUUUUUGGCCCAAUCGUGGAGAGACCAACGCCUUCGUUUGGGCACAGAGAAAAUGGAUGACCACUAUAGAAUCCUUGAUGUCAAAUGGCUUAAUGCAAUUUGGCGACCUGACUGCUUCUUCAAAAACGCAAAGUCUGUCACUUUUCAUGAAAUGUCCGUCCCAAAUCAUUACUUGUGGCUAUAUAAUGACAAAACUCUUCUUUACAUGUCAAAACUGACGCUGGUGUUAUCGUGUGCCAUGAAAUUUGAAACCUUCCCCCAUGACACGCAAGUUUGUUCGAUGAUGAUUGAAAGUUUGUCACAUACAACUGAAGAUCUCAUAUUUCGAUGGAAUGCGACAGAUCCUUUAGUGGUCAACGAUGCGAUUGAGCUUCCGCAAUUGGAUAUUUCAAGAAACGGUACGGAGGAUUGUACUUUAGAGUAUUCUACAGGGAAUUUUACUUGUCUUGCUGUCGUUUUCGAGUUGAAGAGGCGUCUCGGAUACCAUUUAUUUCACACCUACAUCCCUUCCGCUUUGAUUGUGGUCAUGUCUUGGAUUUCUUUUUGGAUUAAACCCGAAGCGAUUCCUGCUCGCGUCACCCUCGGAGUUACCUCACUCUUAACUCUCGCUACCCAGAACACACAGUCCCAAUCGUCUUUACCACCCGUUUCUUAUGUGAAAGCAAUCGACGUCUGGAUGUCGUCGUGUACAGUUUUCGUUUUCAUGUCUUUAAUGGAAUUUGCAAUGGUGAACCAUUUUUUGGGACCUGGGCACCCCAUUGACAAAGGAUACGAUGAUAUUGUGGAUUUUCAGAGCAUUAUAGACUCGCAGUCACGGCCCUUGAAGACUUCUCCCUGUCAAUAUUGCAAAAUUCAUGGAAGGAUGUCUACAACUACAGCAAAUUACACCAAAUUCUGCAGCAAUCGACAAAUUGCACUAGCGAUAGAUAAAAUUUCAAGAUAUUUCUUCCCCUUCUCGUUCCUUGCAUUAAAUUGUGUAUAUUGGGCAACCUUCCUCACGUGAAAUGAGAAGAUUUAUUAAAAUUUGAGAUGAUGAAUAGUGAUUUAGUUCUAGUGUGCCAAUAAGAUAGCAUAUAGUUAUUAAAGGUCAAUAGAAUCUGCGAAAAGUAUGUAUACAUUUAUUGUAGCUAAAUGGACAAAUAAUAAACUGAACCUUAAAUUUAACACC